AUGCCAGGGGACAUAGCCAAGAGAUGGAGAGAGAUCCAAGGCAGAGAUCAGUGGAAAGGCCUCUUAGAUCCUCUGGACAUGGAUCUCCGGCGCAGCAUACUUUUCUACGGCGAGAUGGCUCAGGCAACGUACGAUGGCUUCAACAGGCAGAAGGAGUCCAGGUUUGCCGGCAGCUGCCGGUACGGCCGGCGGGAUCUGUUCGACAAGGUAGGCUUGACGGCCAAUAACCCAUACAAGUACCAGGUGACCAAGUUCCUCUAUGCAGCGUCUACCAUCCCCGUCCCCGAAGCUUUCAUCAUCAAGUCCCUCUCCAGAGAGGCGUGGAGUAAGGAGUCCAAUUGGAUGGGAUACGUCGCGGUGGUCACCGACGAAGCGAAGGAGUUGGUGGGUAGAAGGGACAUCGUUGUAGCUUGGAGGGGAACCAUCCAGGCCCUGGAAUGGAUCGUCGACUUCGACUCCGUCCUGGUUCCUGCGACGACGUUACUGGGUCUGCCUUCUGGUGGCAAUGACGCCGUCGGACCACAGGUGCACCGGGGAUGGCUGUCCAUCUACACCUCCGAUGAUUCCCGGUCGCCCUUCAACAAGUCUAGCGCCAGAGAUCAGGUGUUCAUUCAUUUCCUCAUCUUCUUACUAGCGGGAGGGCUCUAAAGGAUCUCGCUUGCGUCUUUCUUAUUCCCUGAGAAGCUUCGCAGGUCCUGAGUGAAAUCAGGAGGCUCAUUGAGAAGUACAAGGACGAGGAGCUGAGCGUAACAAUAACAGGGCACAGCUUAGGAGCUGCUAUCUCCACACUAAACGCACUCGACAUCGUAGUCAGCGGUGCAAACAAGCCCAGGGACCGCCCCGACAAGGGCUGCCCAGUCACAGCAGUCGUCUUCGCCUCCCCCCGCGCAGGGGACGCAAAAUUCCGGUCCGUUUUCUCGUCGUUGCCAGACUUGCGGCUACUGCGAGUGCGAAACGCCAGCGACGUAGUCCCGAGCUACCCCUGGGUCGGCUACGCCGACGUCGGCGUGGAACUGGGCAUCGACAUCUUCAAGUCUCCAUACCUGAAGCAGCCCGGCGAUGUCAUGACCUGGCAUAACUUGGAGUGCUACCUCCAUGGUGUGGCAGGGACGCAGGGGAGAAGAGGGGAUUUCAAGCUGGUCAUCGCCCGUGACAUCGCUCUCAUGAACAAGUACCUCGACAUUCUGAAAGACGAAUACCUCGUGCCGGCGUCGUGGUGGGUCGAGAAGAACAAGGGGAUGGUACAGGGUGCCGACGGUCGGUGGCAGCUGAUGGACCACGAAGAAGAACUCAUGAUAGAAUAA